UUUUAUUUUAUUUUGAAAGUAAUACAAUGGAUGAGGAGUGUUAUCCUUCCACUACAACCGGAUUGUGACAAGAGAUUUAGUCCUCUGAAGCUCCAUUCACAUGUUCAGUGAGAGUCAGGCGAGCCUGAGGGACAGACAUGAAGGAUCCGCAGCUCCCAGCUAUCAAAGCACGCCUUUGGCCAAAGCAGAAGGAGAGCAAAAAACCCAAAGACGAGGCUCGAGUGGCGGACAGUAUAGCCAAGAAGCCGCCAGCCUCUGCGGCCAUAAGUGCCAUCCCACAGCUGACCGAAUCAGAGAGGAUGAGGCAGUCCCCGUUUGAGAGGGUCGUCUACGACAUGGCCCACAACGAGAGGACCGUCAACGACCUGAUGCUCGGUCGGAGAGUUGGCUUCUACGAGCUGCGCGGAGAGAUCGGGCAGGGGAAUUUCUCCACUGUCAGGUUGGGCAUCCAUGCCUUGACCAAAGAGAGAGUCGCUAUCAAAAUCAUGGAUAAGCUGCGUCUGGACGAGAGCAUCCAGCCGAUGAUUUCCUCAGAGAUCAGCUGCAUGGAGAAACUGUGCCACCCCAACAUAGUGCGGCUGUACGAGGUGAUGGAGACCAGCCGGAAGCUGUAUCUGGUGAUGGAGUACGGCAGCUGUGGAGACCUGUUCUCCCGAAUCACCACCAGGGGGAAGCUUAACGACCUGGAAACCAAGCUGGUCUUUGCACAAGUCCUCUCUGCUGUUAAACACAUGCACGACAACAACAUUGUCCACAGGGACCUCAAGGCAGAGAACAUCUUCUACACCACCAGCUACUGCAUCAAGGUGGGAGACUUCGGCUUCGGCAAAGAGAACGGCCCGAAUGAUCUCCUCACCAACUUCUGUGGCUCGCCGCCGUACGCCGCUCCUGAGCUGUUUCAGGAUAAAGGUUACGUUGGAUGCUAUUCAGACACCUGGGCCUUAGGGAUUCUUUUGUACUUCAUGGUGACGGGCACUAUGCCCUUUUAUGGAGACAAACUUGGGAGGUUGAAGCGCUGCAUCCUUCAGGGGGCCUACAGUAUCCCUGCUUAUGUGCCCUAUCCAUGCCAGCUGGCGAUUAAGGGCAUGCUGCGGCCUGUGCCCGUCGAUCGUUCGUCUGUCACACAGAUUGCAAACAGUGCAUGGCUGAAGGGGAUAGAGUACCCUCCUCCGUAUGUCUUGUUGCCCCUGUCCCCAGCACACUUUGCCCACACCAACCAGACUCUGUGUGUGGAGGAGCAGGAGGUGAAGACUCUGCUGUCCGAUCUGGGUAUUUCCAAAGUCCAUUUCCAAAACAAUCCCUGCUUAGACAGUCGUAGCCCAUUGACUGGUACCUACCGGAUCCUUCUCCAUCGGGUCCAGAAGAGGAGGACAGUGGAGGCGGUGGGUUAUUCAGCGCUUCACCCUGAUGAGUACGGGAGUCCGAAGAAGUGGACUGUAGCACCUUUGGACAAACACGAUCCCUCGGCUGUCUGCGUUGUACUGUAAAGAGAAUGAACUGAACUGGACUUGCUUUAGUUGGGGCACUUUAUCACAAACAUGUGCGUCUAUGUGCUCGCGUCACUCAAUUCAUGGCUCCCUUAUUAAUUUGUGAGGCGUUAUGUUACAUGCUGCGAAAUACUCAAGUUGCGCAAUGCUGGACCGAAAUGGCAAACACAUGGAGGUAUUGAGAGGUCUGAGGGUUCUUCUUCUGUCCCACAGUGUAAAUCAAAUCUAUCUUAUGGAAUAGGGCACCUUUCUUAAGUAAUCCUUAAGUAAUCUGCUAUGGCUUUGUGUUCUGAUUGUUACAUCACCAACAAAAGCUUACUGACGCACGACAUUCAUCAAUCACUAUAUGGCCAUCAACAUCUUUUAAAUCCCUCUAGAUCUACUGAACCAAGCCAAGGCUACAGGUAAUCCUAAUAAGAUAGACAGUAAGAACAUGCUCGGGUAACAGAAAUGAAACCUGCGAUUAUGGAAUAUUGUCCUGGGAAAA